AUACACAUAGGACUGUCGAUAGUUUCUUGAGUGCCCAGUCUUUGGUUAACGCAAUUAAUCGGCUUGUGAACGUAAAUGUUGUAAGAUUUGCAGGAAUGGAGGUGGGAAACCAGAAACCAAACAUUAAUGUGGAGGUCCAUGUUAAAUCUCACAGCACAGCUAAACUGUCUGACGUGAGGAUGCAUGUUCUGGCUCUGCUGAAUUGCCACCGUUUGAUUUUUGGAAACUACAAAUGGACAGAAUUUGAUGAAGACGUCUUAAAAAAGCAUGUGGAAUCUGUGGCUGUAGUUGAUGCAGAGAACGAGCCCAUUGAUUUUCAGAGCUGCUCUUUGUCCAUUCACAUCUUCACUCUGAAUGAGGAUGGACCUAGCACACUCAGUCUGGAAGACGAUGAGGAGCUUUCAGCAGCCAAUCACUGGUUGCUGCCAGCAGCUGAAUUCCAUGGGAUUUGGGAGAGCCUGGUGUAUGAGAGUGGAGUCAAAACCCAGCUCCUAGAUUACAUCACAACAACAAUGUACUUCUCGGACAAGAAUGUCAAUAGCAACCUGAUUUCAUGGAACCGUGUUGUGCUGCUUCACGGACCCCCAGGCACAGGAAAAACAUCACUGUGCAAAGCUCUUGCCCAGAAGCUGUCAAUCAGACUGUCGAGUCGGUAUUCUUAUGGACAGUUUGUCGAGAUAAACAGCCACAGCUUGUUCUCAAAGUGGUUCUCAGAGAGUGGCAAACUGGUCACAAAGAUGUUUCAGAAGAUCCAGCAACUGAUUGAUGACAAAGAUGCUAUUGUCUUCGUUCUAAUUGAUGAGGUGGAGAGUCUGACAGCAGCAAGGAAUGCCUGCCAGGCUGGAACGGAACCUUCUGAUGCCAUUAGAGUGGUCAAUUCUCUCCUCACUCAACUGGACCAGAUCAAACGACAUUCAAAUGUGGUGAUCCUGACAACAUCCAAUGUGACAGAAAAGAUUGAUUUGGCAUUUGUGGACAGAGCUGACAUCAAGCAGUACAUUGGACCCCCAUCUGAGGAGGGCAUCUACAACAUUUACCUGUCUUGUUUGGAGGAGCUGAUGAAGUGCCAGAUCAUUUACCCACGGCAGCAGCUGUUUACCAUGUUUGAGCUUGAGAUGAUGGGGUUUGCAGAGAGCGAGGUGUCUGAACACAGUCUGAUCCUGAGGGGUAUUGCUAGGAAAAGCCAUGGCUUGAGUGGAAGAGCACUCCGGAAGUUACCGUUUCUAGCACACGCACUGUUUGUGAAGACACCAACGGUGACUCUUGAGAGGUUUCUGGUGGCUAUGGACCAUGCAGUGAAUAAACAGAGGGCAGAAAAAGCUGACCUGGUCAACGGUGUCUGAACUUCUUACAGUGGCCAGUGGCUGAGAUGCGUUUGUUCAUGAACUCUCAGUCCCACAACUUGUUUGUUUGUUUGUUGUUCAGAAAAGUACAACCUUUGCAUCUUCUUAUAAAACUUAAUCUGUUCAUCUGGCAGUGCAUUAAAUAUGUUGGAAGUAACAUUGUAUAAAAAUGUUAUGUAUAAUCUAAAGUCUUCGUGUAAUGUUUUGGUGCUACUGUAUUAAAAGACCAAGUCUAUCUUUUGUAGAUGUAGUGGUUAUAACUGGCUGAAGAUUAACGGUUUACUGUACUUACUGUAGCAUUGUUUUGUGUUUAUAUGUUUUAAAAAGGGAUGUUUCUCUUGGACCUUAAGUUUUAAGCCUACAACAAAUUCUCCUUAAGCUCUGGAUUGUGCAUUCCAACUUUGUUUUCUAUAACAUUGCAAUAAACGAUACUCUGUG